AUGCUGCCCUAUGUACUAGUUGGGGAUGAUAUUUUUCCCCUUAAGAUCUGGCUGAUGAAGCCAUCUCCAGGGAAAUCCCAAACAGAGAUUCAAGCCAUUUACAACUACAGGUUAUCAAGAUGCAGGUGCAUCGUAGAAAAUUCAUUAAGAAUUAUGGUAGCUCAAUGGAGAAUCUUUAGGUGCCCCAUUCAUGCAAACAUUGAAACUUUGGAUGGCAUUGUUCAGGCAUGUGUUUCUCUGCAUAACUAUUUGCGGCUCACUGACAAUGGACAUUAUGUACCCAAAGGAUUUAUUGACUAA